GUGUCCGGACAGGCGAUGGGGACCUCCAGUCCUGAGGGAGGGCUUCCUCCCAGUCUCGAUGGGGUGAGGCUACUGCGGCUCAACCUUGAGUUCCCAGUGGGGUCCCCUACUCCAGGGUCCCCUACUCCGGUGUCCCGCGCCCCAAGGCCCGCGGGGACUCGCCUGCUACUCCCUCCCCUCCGGCGGGUGGGGACUCCGCCCCAGCCCCACCUCCAGGCUCCCAUUGGGCAUGGUCCGAACAGCCGAGCCUCGAGCCACUCCCCUUGUCCAACCGGAGCUGGAGGCGGAUGCGUGAGGCGUGGCCCCGGGAAGUGUGGGGGCGGAGCCGGGAGGCCUGGCGUGGUCCGUGCUCCAGUGGUGAAGGUGGAGACCGACGUGGGGACUCGGAGCCUUGGAGGCCUGCGGCGCCCGCCUAGGUUUACUGCCCGGGCCAAGUCCCCGCCGUGCCCUAGGCCACUCUCGAACUCUGCUGCUCCAGAAGACAAGUGUGCAAGAAAUGAAUUCCAGUGCUGGGAUGGGAAGUGCAUCUCCUACACGUGGGUGUGUGAUGGCAGGGCGGAGUGCCAGGACGGCUCUGACGAGUCCCAGGAAACGUGCAUGGCUGCCACCUGCAAGCCGGGUGACUUCAGCUGUGGGGGCCGCCUGAACCGCUGCAUCCCCAGCUCCUGGAGGUGUGACGGCCAUGAGGACUGUAACAACGGCGCCGAUGAGCAAGGCUGUCCCACCAGGACGUGUCCCGAGGACGAGUUCCACUGCCAGGAUGGCCGCUGCAUCUCGCAGCAGUUCCUCUGCGAUGGUGACCGUGACUGCCUAGACGGUUCAGACGAGGUCACCUGCUCAGUGACCACCUGCGGCCCUGCCAACUUCCAGUGCAACUCCUCAGCCUGCAUCCCCCAGCUGUGGGCCUGCGACGGCGACUCCGACUGCAGUGACGGCUCUGACGAGUGGCCACAGCGCUGCGAGGGCCGGGACACGUCGGCUGCCCAGGGGGCCAAUGGCCCCUGCUCCUCCCUGGAGUUCCACUGCCGCAGCGGCGAGUGCAUCCACAGCAGCUGGCACUGUGACGGUGCCCACGACUGCAAGGACAAGUCUGACGAGGAGGACUGCGUGGUGGCCACCUGCCGCCCCGAUGAGUUCCAGUGUGCUGACGGCACCUGUAUCCACGGCAGCCGGCAGUGUGACCAAGAGCACGACUGCAGGGACCAGAGCGACGAAGUCGGCUGCAUCAACGUGACACUCUGCGAGGGUCCCAACAAGUUUAAGUGCCACAGCGGCGAGUGCAUCACACUGGACAAAGUGUGCAACGCAGCCAGGGACUGUCGCGACUGGUCGGACGAGCCCCUCAAGGAGUGUGGGACCAACGAAUGCUUGGACAACAAUGGGGGCUGUUCCCAUAUCUGCAAGGACCUCAAGAUCGGCUACCAGUGCUUAUGCCCCAGUGGGUUCCACCUGGCGGACCAGUGGCAGUGCAAAGACAUUGAUGAGUGUCAGGAGCCUGACACCUGCAGCCAGCUGUGUGUGAACCUGGAGGGGAGCUACAAGUGUGAGUGUGAGGAUGGCUUCCAGAUGGACCCCAGCACGAAGACCUGCAAAGCCGUCGGCUCAGUCGCCUACCUGUUCUUCACCAACCGCCACGAGGUGCGGAAGAUGACCCCAGACCGCAGCCAGUAUGCCAGCCUCCUCUCCAACCUGAAGUAUGCGGUGGCCCUGGACGCGGAGGUGGCCAGCAGCCGGCUCUAUUGGUCAGACCUGUCCCACAGGAAGAUCUAUAGCACCCGGAUCAGCGCAGCCCCGGGCUCUGCCCACGACACUGUCAUUGACGGGGAUCUCCAGGCCCCCGACGGGCUGGCCGUGGACUGGGUCCACCGUAACAUCUACUGGACCGACUCUGUCCCCGGUACGGUGUCUGUGGCCGACACCAGGGGCGUGAAGAGGAGGACUUUGUUCCAGAGGAAAGGUUCCAAGCCCAGGGGCAUCGUGGUGGACCCUGUGCACGGCUUCAUGUACUGGACAGACUGGGGAACCCCCGCCAAGAUCGAGAAAGGGGGCCUGAACGGCGUGGACAUGUACUCGCUGGUGACAGAAGACAUCGAGUGGCCCAAUGGCAUCACACUGGAUCUCUCCAGCAGCCGCCUCUACUGGGUUGACUCCAAACUCCACUCCAUCUUCAGUAUCAAUGUCAAUGGUAGAAACAGGAAGACCAUCUUGGAGGAUGAAAAGCAGCUGGCCCACCCCUUCUCCUUGGCCAUCUUUGAGGACAAAAUAUUUUGGACGGAUAUCAUAAAUGAAGCCAUUUUCAGUGUCAACCGCCUCACGGGUUUGGAUGUUCAUUUAGUGGCUGAAAACCUGUCAUCACCUGAAGACAUUGUCCUGUUUCACAAUGUCACACAACCGAAAGGGGUGAACUGGUGUGAGAGGACAGCCCUCCCCAACGGUGGCUGCCAGUACUUGUGUCUGCCUGCCCCACAGAUCAACUCCCAUUCCCCCAAGUUCACUUGUGUGUGCCCGGAUGGUAUGGUGCUAGCCAAGGACAUGAGGAGCUGUCUCACAGAGGCUGAGCCUUCUGUGACAACUCCAGUGCACCCUACCGCCAGGCCAGAAGCCAGCAGCACAGCUGUGAGGCCAAAGCACGCAGACCAGUGGCCCGCUCCCAGCACAUCUGGGCGGCCUGUGGCCACCUCCGGGCUCACCACGGCGGCGUCGGUGACCAUGUCCCACCAAGUCGUGGGCAACGCCGCUGGCAGAGGGGAAAAGCCUCACAGCGUGGGGGCUCUGACCAUCGUCCUUCCCAUCGGGCUGGUCGCUCUCCUCUGCCUUGGUGCCUUUCUGCUGUGGAAGAACUGGCGGCUCAAGAACAUCAACAGCAUCAACUUUGACAACCCCGUAUACCAGAAGACCACAGAAGACGAGGUGCACAUCUGCCGCAGCCAGGACGGCUACAUCUACCCCUCGAGGCAGAGGGUCAGCCUGGAGGAUGACGUGGUGUGAGCUGAACCCGUGCCGCCUUGGAGACAGGAAGGACACUUUCUCCUGGCCCCUGACUGUUACCUUGCUGCCUGAGACCCUGAGCCGCCUCCAAGGCUUCCCGCUCCAUUCCGAGCAAGAAGAGACCAAAGGCACCGUGGCAGCCGAGCCCAGCAGCCGUCUGCCCGGGCUUUGUUUUAUAUAUUUAUUGUCCGGGAGGCAGAACCAGGCUCGGGACGGCGCCCACAGAAUAGGAUCAGAUCGGGCUGUCUUCCUUCUUUCCCUACGAAGAACAGGAAAAGACAAAAAGGAGCUGGUUCCUCCCUGUGGACAUUGCCCUCCAUUUUUCUUUCUCUUUUUUCUUUUUUUGAGACAAGGUCUUGCUAUGUAGCCCAGGCUGGCCUCGAACUCACAGCGAUCCUCUUGCCUCACCCUCCCAAGUACUGGGCUGACCAGUGUGCACCACCAGGCCUGGCUUGUUUUGCCUUUCCCCCCUUGGCAGCGUAAAGGACCAAAGGACAGGCACAUGGGCGGAGGGGAGCCAUGGCUUUGGACAAGGGACAGCAUGUAUUAGCCACAGGGUCCCCCUACCCCAGCCCCUCAACUCAGGAGAGCAUGUUUACCUCCACGCUGUCACCCUCACCCCACCACCCAGAUCAGGGCCUUCAUGCCAGGCCUGCCCCGGGGAGUGCGGACAGUGGCUCAGGGCCCCUUGCCUUCUAUACGCUUGGAUCCUAGGAACUUUCAGGGCACCACUGAUGGCCGCAGUCCAUUCACUCAUUCAUUCGCCAAAGCUCUGCCAGUUGUCAAGGAAAAGCCUGCGUCACCAUAGCCUUUAACAUUAAGAAGUGCCUGGGCUCUCAGGGAUGCACGCAGCCUCUGCGCCCUGAGACCAGCCACCCCACAGACCCCAGCCCUGGCCUUCCCACACUGACUGGUGCUCCUCCUUUACCUCCUUGCACUUUGGCAGGUCAUGGUGGCAUGCGGUGUCAGUUGAGCACUUGCAUUGUUAUUCUGUUUGCUGCUGCUUGCCUUGGGACAGAUUGCUGGCUGAAAGUGGCCAGCUUUUUGUUUUUUCAUUCUUUUUGAGGUGGGGGGGGUCUCACUAGGUAGUAGCCCAGGCUGGCCUCCAACUCGCAGUGAUCCUCCUGCCUCAGCCUCCCAAGUGCUGGGAGUCAUAGGUGUGCGUCACCACGCCCAGCUCUGGAGGUGGCCAGCUUUGAAUGCAGAGCUACAGUGCUCAGUACUCGGAGCAUAGGGAAGGUCAGAUUGAUUGGGACUUCAAAGCUCUGGUGCUGCUGCUCUGGAAGAGCCAUUUGCCCUCCCUCCUUCCCUGCUUUCUUUCCUUUGUGUUGGAGAUUGAACCCAGGGCCUUCACAAUAAGCUACAUCCUUGGCCCUUUCUAAAGUUUUUAUUUUGAGACAGAGUCUCACUAAGUUGUCCAGGCUGGGCUUGAAACUUGCGAUCCACCCGCCUCAGCCUCCCAGAGCACCGGGACACGCUGUACCACUGAGCCAACCCCAGCCCCCUUUCUUUCUCCAACCACUCAUCCCAGUCCCAUUUCUGCUUCUAUGCAAAUACCGUCAAGCCCUUAACCUCCCCUGGAAGCCGAGGUCCCCCAGAAUCCCUCCAGUCCUGCACAUGCCAGGGGAUCUGGGAAGCAGGAAUCCUGUCUGAAAUCACCACAGAUGUCCCGUGGAGGCUGCCUCCCCUGGAGUCCGGGAUUGAGAAGUCCCCAGGGAUCCCUGGAUAGUCACGACAGUGAUGCUAAAACCCCGUUCCCAAGGGCGCCUUCAGCCCACGAGUGUAGCACCGCCACCUGCAGGGAGCUGCGCCGGGCCUUAUGUUUGCACUUUGUGUAUUUGUUGAGACAGUUGUGUGCGUGUGUAUGUGUGUGUUCUAUUUAUUUUUGCAAACCCUCCUUGCUGCGAUGGUGAACCUGCCGGGGCCCUGUGGGAUGGCUCCCAGCCGCCUUGGCUUUCUGUACAAGGUGAUGCGCAUGGCGGCUUCUGGGAAGAACAGCGCCGCCUGGUGGGCUGGAUGCUGUGGGGAUGGGUCCGCUUUUUAAACCACUGUAUAGAAUGUUUUUAUAGCCUGAAUGUCGCACAGUGAUCGAGUAAAUUUCCACAGUGAGCCCUUUGGCUAAA